CAGCCAGCCCAUCAGACAGGCAGCCCAGUGUUAGUUAACACUUCAGCGUCAGGAGAGCGGGGUUAAGAAAAGAGAGGAUCGAAAAAAAAACAGAGAUUUCACUGAAGAAAGAGCAGAAAAUGUUACAGAGGGCAGCAUCCAAUGUGUCAGACAAAGUCAAGAGCCACAAGCCAAAGCGCUCCACCAGCUUUGGCAAAUUUGAAGGUUUGAGACAUCAGUCGUCGCAAGCUAAAAUAGAGGAAAAUGGAACAACCGUGCUUACAGAAGAAUGUGAGAGUUCAGACCCACAGCAGAAAUCAGCUGGGAUUGGGAAGAAGAUGAAGGCAAUUUCAAGGACCAUGUGCAGAAAAAUGGGCAAAAAACAUGCCAAGUCUCUUUCAGAGGAGAUGGGGGAUGACACAGACAAAGAACCAGAGGCAGAGACAGAGAGCAGCAAUCAAACUGAGACGAAAUCUUCAAAAACAAGCAACUCUUUAGAAAGUCUCUACAGCGGCCAGAGCUCCUCUAGUGGUGUGACCAGUGAGUCCAAUGGUUCUGGUCAGAGGGACAGUCUGAGGCUGGAGGAGGACGGCUCCUAUCAUGGUCAGUUCUGUGGCAAAGCUCGCGUCCACACAGACUUUGUUCCAAGUCCAUAUGAUACGGACUCCCUCAAAUUAAAGGUUGGCGACAUCAUCAACAUCAUCAGUAAGCCUCCGAUGGGAAUCUGGACGGGCAUGCUAAACAACAAAGUGGGCAACUUCAAAUUCAUCUAUGUGGACGUUUUGGUAGAGAAAGGGGAAGAGGAAGAAGCUCCCAAAGUCAGACAACAGAAGCUGUGCAAAAGGCCUCGGCCUAAAACGCUGCUGGAGUUACUGGAGCGGCUGAACCUUGAGGAGUACGCCUCUGCCUUGCUGCUGAACGGAUAUCAGACAGUGGAGGACCUGCUGCACCUGCAGGAGAAACACCUGAUAGAGCUGAAUGUCAAAGACCCAGAGCACAGACGCAGACUUCUGGCUGCUGCUGAAUACCGGUACACGGAAGGUGAGGAUGUCAGAGAGGGUGAGGAGCACAAAUCGUCCCACAGUCUCCAGGAAGAAGACAGCGACUGUCCCAGAGACUCGGGCUGCUUCAUCCCGUCUGAAUGUUCAGACAGUAAAGAGGAAGCAGAGCAGCUCACAGAAGCUGUGGCUUCUUAAUUUGAUCUCUUAUCACAUGGAAACUCACAUUCGACUGAUGACUGUUAUUCUACAAACGUCCUUUUCAUUUGUCACUUUAUCAAGAAAAUAAUCAAGUUUUAACUUAUGACUUUUACAUCUUGUUAAAAACUGAUGUGUCAGUUGUUGAAUAUCACUUUUACUGUAUGUUCGUCCUCUUUAUAUUCCAGUGUUUCCAUAUAAAGAUUUAUUUAUCACUUUGACCUUUCUCUUUCCAGUCUUAAAAGUGUAAAGAUGAUGUUUCCUAUAAUCGAGGGGGUCGUUGUGAACUUAUGUUUUAAAAAUGUAGUGUUUUGAACAGUGUGUAAUACAAUAUUGUAUACUGUACAGAAAAAACAUGUCAGUUAUUAUAUUCAGAAGUGUGUCUGGAUGAGACGACCUGUGUGUUUACAUUCCAUACCAAUCAAAAAUAUUCUGUUUUAACAAGUUUUGUAAAUAAAGUUUAAAAUAAUAUC